AUCUGUGACAUGUUUUCUUUCACAGAAAAAAAUGGGCAAGAAGAAGGAUAAGAAGUCUGAGAAGGCAGAGGAGACCCCGGCACCUGAAGCACCUGCAGCGGAGACACCACCGGCCGAGGAAGGUGCCCCUCCUCCGCCGCCCCCACCACCACCCCCACCACCACCGCCGCCGCCGUCUAAUGGAGCUACUGCCGCCGAGGAUGACCCUACCCGCGCAUUAGAUGACGUAGUGGCAGCGGCAGAAAAAGAUGAUGCAGCAGUAGUGGAUGACGGCAAUGCGAUGGAAGCAACCAUCACCUUUAACGGGGAGGAGGAGAUACCAGCAGAAGGAGCUACCGACAACACGGAGUUUUAUAAGAAACUGUCGGAUGACGAGGCCAGCGAAAAAGCCUCUCUGCCCCCGGAGGAGGGGAAACCCGUGGAGAGGACUCCUUCCUUCUUGGAGAGGAUGUCCCGAAGAUUCAGCUUCAAGAAGUCGGAAAACAACGGCGAGCCGAAGCCCAAGAAAGCCGGCCCCUUCGCAGGCAUGAUGGCCAUCCUUAAAGAAACGUCGAAAAUGCCGCCGAAGGAUAACAACGCCAAGGCGCUGGCCAAGCCGAACAUGAUGGAUAAUCUGUUCUCCAAGUUCCGGCCCAACAAGAGGAUCGAGUUUAAUCUGGAGGGGCUGCUGGAUGAUGACGUCAGAGGGAAGUACGCGCGCUACGACUUUCCGUUUGAGAACCUGGUGCUGGAGGGUGCCGGGGGGCACCGGGGACUGGCGUACGCCGGGGCAGCCAAGGUCCUGCACACCAUCGGAGUGUUGCAGACAAUCCGGCGGUUCGCCGGGGUGGGGACGGGCGCCAUCCCCGCCACACUGCUGGCGCUGGGCUGCGCACCGGAGGAGGUGGCGGGACUCACAGACGAGAGCUUCUACGUCAUCUUCGAAGACAGCAAGCUGGCCUACCUCAGCAUGAUGCCCAACAUGAUUAAGGGCUUCGGCAUCUACAAGGGGCAGAAGUUCUUAGACUGGCUGGGCAAGAUCUUAGCAGACAAGACGGGCAACGCUGACAUCACCUUCGCACAGUUGUACAAGCUGUACGAGACAGAGCUGUGCAUCGUCGUGACGAACCUGAACGCUAAGAUGGAGGAGUACUGUCACGUCAAGACCACUCCGGACAUGCCGAUCCGGAUCGCCAUCCGAAUGUCCAUGUCCAUCCCGGGUUUCUUCCAGCCCGUGAAGUACACUAAGAACGGGCGGGAGUGUCUGUUCGUGGACGGCGGGAUCUGCUGUAACUACCCCAUCCACUCAUACGACGGCUGGUGGCUGUCCAUGGACAGUCAAAACUCCUUCUUCAACCGGAUGGGGGAGGUGGGCGAACUGCUGGACGUGAAUGAGAUGUCGGACCGGUUCGACUCUUACAACAACAAGACUCUGGGCGUCAUGGUGUACUCCAAUGACGACCCGGAGGACAUGAGGAGCACGCUGAAGGCUCGUGAGGGGAAGAAGAAGACCAUCAGACCGGACACUGUGCUAGCCGGCACCAAGGACAAGGCUGAGCGGGAUAAGAUCGGCGCGCAGGAGUUCCGCAAGAGGACCAAGGACAUGAUCGGAGACUUCCUGAACGCCGUCAAGACGAGCGACGCAGACGGAAGCGGCACCAUCAACAGGAAGGAGCUGGAGGACGCCUUCUUAAAGGAGGCUGAGAACAUCAAUGACGGUGAGACCAUGCCGACAGGCGUGUCCGUGGCGCAGCUGUUUGAUGCACUCGAUGUCAACAAGGACGGAGAGAUCACCUACCAGGAGGUUGUGCAGUUCUUUGAGAACCAGGGCUACUCCCUCAUGACGAAGGACAUAAAGGAGCAGGGCACGUCCGUCAACUCCCUCAGCGAGUAUCACGUGUCCUACCAGCAGCUGCUCAACCUGCUGGCCAAGAGGGUCACCCUGGAGCCGCGUGAGUUUGACCGGACGGUCGGCAUCAACACGGACUACGUGCACGCCACGGACCUGUUUCUGGAGCUGGCGGACAAGGAGUUCGCUCUGCAGCAAGGCGUGGCGGGCACCAAGGCCUUCCUGAAGAAGUACAUCAAGAAGUGGAAGCUGAAGCCGCGACCAGAGGAGACCCCCGCGCCGCCGGAGGAGAGUGACGCCAUCAUCAUCAUCCCUCCAGAGGAGGAGGUUGCCAUGGAAACGGAGCAGCCAGCCGAGAAUCAUGUCGACGAAGGCAAAGAGGAGGAAAAGCCGGAAGAGGCAAAACCGGAAGAGGCAAAACCGGAAGAAGCAAAACCGGAAGAGGCGAAACCAGCGGAAGUUAGCGUAGCCUAGGCAA